UACAACGCGAGAGUUCGCGGCUUCGCAGGCCGCUGGGGCCCCGGCAAAACGACGCCACUCGUAUCUGCGCCAGACUUCAGGAGUUGCUCGCGCGCGCUUCGCUCGGCGCGCGCACACCUACGGCGGCGGUUCGUCCUUUCUUGAGAAAAAAAGUGUGACUCACGAAAUCGCGCAGGUUUGUUUUGCCGCGCGGGUGGUGUUGUAUCUCAGCGAGAGCGCCUUAGCCGUCCGGCGGCACUCCUGCAUGGCAGCUGCUGAUCAAGACUCGGCGCUUACGACGCACGUCGACUGAGCUCUGCUGCCUUGCGGAGGUUCCGGUGAAAGUGUUGUGUUCCGGUACGACAGUGCGAAGACAAACCAGAGCAGUUCAGUCAGCGAAACCGUUGGUGUGAAGAAUGUAGCGAUAUUCACGGAGAAUUGAAAUCAUGAAAGCUACGUAGAAAAAUUGGUGUGUGAAAUAGCGCGGUAAAGUCGUCGACGACAAAUUUUGAGUUGAGAAAAAACGUCUGCUGUUUCCCUCACGAAGAAAAAAAAAUGUAGCGACGAAGCGGGAGAGGUCAGCAGUGCAACUACUUGUGGAAUGCUCGUUCCGGAAUGUGCGGAUUAUCGGGGACGGAAGCUCCCAAGGACCAUGCCACAUAGAGCAACUAUGAAGGACACCUCUAUCUACAUCGCCUGGCUCGCCUUAGCCAAUGCAGCCAUGUGGUGCGCGUCUGCUGACUACGGGGCAGGCGAGGAUCCCUGCAACAUCACAUUACCAUGGACAGUUUCGAGGAAGGCGUAUGACGACAUCACGGAUUCGAUUUUCGACACUCUCAUGCAGUGCCCACAUAGCCUACACGGUUGCUCAGAGGAUCUCAUCAGCUGCAUUGAUGCCACGUACACUGCCACGUGUUCCUGCGCGCCGAACUGCCGGGUAUACAGGGACUGCUGCUGGAACGUCCCUUACCGGGAGCUGUCGGAGGACGAACUUCCCAACAGUUCCUGCGUGGAAGUGCAAAUUGGGUCUUCGUGGAAGAAGUUCAUCUACAUGGUGACGGGUUGUCCGCGGGUGUGGCCCGACGACGCAGUCCGCGAAAAGUGCGAAAUGGCGGACACGUUUAACGAUACCUUCUACCUCAUUCCUGCUACCAGCCUGCAGCACGUGACUUACAGGAAUGGUUUUUGCGCUCUCUGCAACGACGACAUCGUCAAUGCAACUUUCUGGAACACUACCAGCAUUGGAGCUACGGACCGCGUCCGCGUUGUGCUUCCAGACAUUGUCGAAAACCAACCGCCGCUCCACCUGAGGCCCUGUAGCGAAGAUACGCCUAACGACAAUUGUACCCAAGCCGUACCCGGAUGGGCGUCCCGCAGAUGCAAGACAUAUUACGCGCCCGUACAUGACGCCGAAGACCCACUAGGCCAAGUGUACCGGAACGUCUAUUGUGCUAUUUGCAAUGAUGCGAACCUCUCUGCGUUAACAUGUAGUCCGGCUCUGCACCUCAGUAACGUGAGUGUGAUCAGCCGGAAGACGAGCCCACCUAACCUCGCCGCGCUGUUCAAGCCCGUACUGAGGACGGCAAGCUGUUACGUAGAACACGACGGGCACUGCUAUAUCAAGAGUGCGCCGACCUUUUACAGUGCUAGGAGCAGGACGGGAGUCGAAAUUACAGUGAACGAAACCGACACGUCGUCACCAGAAACGCCCAGGCGUGAGCUGACGGGCCACUACAAAAUACAUAACUACAUCACCGUCGUAUCCAUGUCGAUUUCUAUAUUCUGCCUCAUAUUGAAGAUUGUCGUGUUCUGUCUGUACAGAGAAGCCCGCAGUUUCUCAUCGAAGUGCACGCUGUGUCUGUCCGUCACUCUCCUCUUCACUCAGCUAUUAUUCCUGGUCACAAGUUGCCAACGUCUUCCCGGUGUGGUCUGUGCGAGCACCGCCGUUCUCAUUCAUUACGGCUUCAUCUGUACUUUCCUCUGGACGACGGUGCUGUCGUUCGACAUCUGGAGAAGCGUCACUGCCAUGAAGCUAUCCUCUAUGCGUGAGAAGACCCUGGCGGCCUAUGGCAUGUUUGCGUGGGGCGUCCCUACGGUGCUGGUUCUCGGAGGCCGUGGCUGUGCAAGUUAUAGCACCGUGGUCGGCCUUCUCUCCCAGCUACGGCAGCCCCACCUGCUGGAUAGGCACGUUCUGGGGCCUGACAAUGUAUUUUCUCAUUCCCAUGGCGACGCUUCUUCUGCUGUGCCUGUUCUUUUACUUCUCAUCCGUGUUCUACAUUCGCAGCACAUCCGCCGCGGCGUGCACUUCACGCGAUGACGCGGACCUCAAUGGCGACGCAGGAAGUCGGGUCAGGCAGCAGCGAUACCAUGCCGCACUCUUCGCUCGCCUAGCUCUCAUCAUGGGCGCCGCAUGGGCGAUCGCAUUUCUGGGAACCUUCAUGCCUUACGAGGAAAUCGACUCGGUCGUUAACGCGCUGGUGGGAUUGCAAGGGGCGUACUUAUUUUUCGCGUUCAAAGACUACCGCUACUUGUGCUCGUCGAUGUCGAACAGACUGAAGUCGAUGCCCUCUCUACAGCAGCAGCCACAGGACAUCGAGCACGGACGUCUCUUCGAAAAAAUCCCGGCUCUCCAGGUAGAUAUCGCAGAAAAACAUUUGAACUUCAGGACUCUGCUGCUGUGCUACUCACAGUUCUUAUACCAUAUAUACACGUUUAUGUAGAUCUACUUGUGAACUAUUUAACUACACCAUUAGUGAUCUCUCAUCUUCCUGCCCAAGGCAUGUGUAAAUAAACGGGUAUACAGUACUUAUGUGUUGAAACAAA